AUGGCCAAUGUGGCACUGCAGCAUACAUUUUCAGUGAAUCUCGAGUUGCAAGGAUCAAAGACGGAAUGCUUAGCAGGUCGGGCACAGGCGCUUGCGCGUGAGAAUCUCCACCGCAGGGUGAGGUUUGGUGCUUGCGAGGGCGUGGCUGCUGACUCCACUGUGAGUGCAUGUGCUGCCGAUGUGCAGCAUCCGGACCGCGGCGCAGAGCAAGAAACUAUGCGACACGACGAGCAGGUCGAGCUACAUGAUCUAGUGGAUCCGGAAGAUUUGCUGCAAGCUGCACGGCCCGCGUGUGCACGUGCACGAGUUGAAGAUUCAAGCGCCACCCGGCCUGGAACUUACAUCGAAACAGGCUCUGAUACAAUGGUUGGCGAAGCUGCAGGAGCUCAGAGUCCUGACAGGGACGAGGUCUCGGAAGACAAUGAGGAGACAGUCUUGCGGAAGGUGGCAGUUCUUGGUUCGGGCACGGAAGCGGAGGAGGUGCAGGAUAUGCAGGCAAUCGAGAAGGGUCCCACGAUUGAGCAGGACACCGCCGCAGUGGGAGCAGAUGCUUUAGACGAGGAUCACCGUUCUUCGGUUCUUGAUGCUCCAGAAGUCCAUCAACCGCUCACUGAUAUGCUUGCUUCGGCAACUGCACCAUGUAUUGUUCAGGCAGCGGACAGUUGCACGCUGCCCGAUGCAACGGACGUCAUCCCUCCGGUGGAGUCGGAGCACGCCAGCGAGCAGGCCGAGCAAGUCGAGCAGGUCGAGCAGGCCGAGGCAAGGCUGGAUAAAGGCAAAGGCAAGACUGACGACUUCGACUUUGGCGGCUGCGUUGAGCUCUCUCCGGAAGUGGACAUUGGUCAAAGCAAGAUUCUGGCUGCAGACGAGAGCCCCGCGAUGCAGAGGUUUUCUCCGGUAGCUUCAUGCGACCAGCAAGGAGGGGACGCUCGAGGCUGCUUUCUAGGCGAAGGAGCUGAGCCCUGCGACAGAGGCAUCGUCGAACCCGAGGCUGAGCCUACUCUUGCGGUGCCGCUGACGAGGCAAUGCGAGCCGGACGAGUGGCCCCAGUGGGCUCAUCCGAAAGAGGCCGCUGUGGGGCCUCCAGAGUUUUUGCCGCAUCUUCGGCGAUUAGCUGGACGAGUCUUCCUCCAUUACGCCGGUGGCGACUGCACAGCUCCCGGUGGCGUAGGCCUGAGCGGCACCAGGUUCCGCAGCUUCUUAAGGGAUUGCAGCAUCUUGAGUUCGGGUGACGGUGUCCCGGACACCGCGAAGACCCCGAGCUCCACGCCAGUCGAGCCGCAGAGACUCGACCGCCGAACGCCACCGGGUCUCUUCAUGCGGCGCUCGUCAUCACUCACCUCCCUGCGAACUGUUUCUCGGAAGGGAAGCAAGACUUUCUUGCAUUCGAGCUCCUUUACGCCUGGUUUCGGCGACAGCGCAGAAGCUGCUGCGACGGAACAUGGCAAGCUGCCGCUCAGUCUCUGCCCAACUCCCGUAAUGACACGCGCAACGGCCGACCUUCUGUAUGUGCAGGCUUCGAGUCAAAGAGAGGUGCACAUGACGAAAGAUGGCUGGUUCAGGGCCUUGGCCAGCGCUGCGCAGCAAUGCAUGGCAGCAGGUGUAGACGAGGAUGCGCCGCUGCAUCCUUGCACGUCGGCGGAGACGUUGAACUGGUUCUGUGAGUGGGCCCUGGUCCCGUUGGCCGAAGCUCUCGGCAUCAGCGAGCAGGACGUCCUGUCCGGAGCAGAAAUUCUGCGGCAGCCGGAGGUGUCCGCGUUGCUCCGAUCUGGCCAGCGAGGUCUGGACAUUGUCUUUGCGCGCUAUGCCCUUGCUGGCCCUGCGCCUCGAGAGCCGUACAGGAAGGGGUACUGGAAUGGACAGUCGAUGCAGCGCUUUGCUGCAGAGUCGGACAUGUCAGCGGAACUCAGCCACCAGUGUUUGCAGCGAAUCUUCACCGGGUGUGUCCAGUACCAAACCAGCAUCCUUCGGGGAACGCAGGAGGGUAAGAUGUCAACCUCGUGCUUCCGUCUAGCUCUGGUGGUCAUUGCGCAGCGUGUUCACAGCGCCCCGUCUUUGACACCACUGAUGCGCGUGGCGAUGCUCCUGCUGCGGCUAAGCAUCUGCCGUGGUGCAUCAGACCUCGGAGUCGCAGCAAGACAGGUCCUUCGAGCGCAGCCAUCUGAAGCUCUUUGA